AUGAUGAUGGAUGAUUUAAAGUUAACAGCCUUACCUGAAAAGGAGGUACCAAUCUCACAUCAUAGAUUUGAACCAUAUGUUGAUAAUGGAGGUACUGUUUUAGCAGUUGCAGGUUCAAAUUAUUGUAUUGUUGCAGGUGAUACUCGUAUGAGUGAUGGUGGAUAUGGUAUUCAAACAAGACAUUAUACAAAGGUUUUUAAAUUAACUGAUAAAUGUGUAAUUGCAACAUCAGGAAUGCAAGCUGAUACUAUAGCACUUAGAAAGAGAUUAGAUACUCAAUUACGUCAAUACGAAAGAGAUCAUGGUAAAUCAAUGAGCACUCCAGCAAUUGCACAAUUCCUCUCAAAUACACUCUACCACAAGAGAUUCUUCCCAUUCUAUACAUUCAAUUUGGUUGCUGGUGUCGAUGAAGAUGGUAUUGGUUGUGUUUGGACUUAUGAUGCUGUUGGAUCACACGAACGUGUUCGUUUCUCAUCACAAGGUUCUGGUAAUCAAUUAAUUCAACCAUUAUUAGAUAAUCAAGUUGGUAAAUUUAAUCAACAAAUUGUUGAUGGUCCAAGAGAAUUAUCAGCAGAACAAGCUUUGUCAUUGGUAAAGGAUGCCAUUACAUCUGCUGGUGAACGUGAUAUCUAUACUGGUGACUUUGCUGAUAUCGUCACUAUCGAUCAAAAGGGUGUACAUUUUGAAAAGUUUGAUUUGAAGUUGGAUUAA